AUGUGCAUGCAGAAGAAAGAGGUCCAUGCAGAUGAUGAUAUUGAGAAAGCAAAGAAUAAGGAACUAGAGAUGAGAAGUGACAAUGAGAAUAGGAUAAAGAAAGGUGAUAAUAUUGCAGCUGCUAAACAAACAGAAAAAGAAGGUGUCAAAGGUAACGAUCUGCAGUCGAAACAAAAAACGAAAAAACGCGACGGUCGACCACAUGUUUUCUUCGAUAUUAUCAUUGGUGGGAAAGCUUCAGGACGUAUUGUGAUGGAGUUAUUUAAUGAUAUAGUACCAAAAACAGCUGAAAAUUUCCGAUGCUUGUGCACCGGUGAAAAAGGAAUGGGUAAGCUUGGGAAGCCCCUCCAUUACAAAGGUUGCAAAUUUCAUCGGGUCAUUCCAGAAUUCAUGUGCCAGGGAGGUGAUUUCACGAACGGUGAUGGAACUGGGGGUGAAUCGAUAUACGGGGAAAGUUUUCCUGAUGAAAAUUUCAUCGAGAAGCACACUGGCCCAGGGAUUUUAUCGAUGGCAAACGCAGGUCCCAAUACGAAUGGUUCUCAAUUUUUCCUAUGUACCAUCAAAACAGACUGGUUAGACGGGAAACAUGUGGUAUUUGGGAAAGUUGUCGAAGGCAUGGAGGUAGUAAAGAAGAUCGAAGCAGUGGGUUCUGAAGAUGGCAAAACAUCCCAAGAGAUAGCAAUUGCGGACUGCGGUGAAUUAUAA